ACAGAAAGCGAUGAAGUCCACCAAGCUCCUUCCGUGAGAAGCAGAAUAACAAUAAGCCAAUCAGCACGCAGCUCACACCGGCACUCUAUCGAUGGAGACACACACACAAACAGUAGUAUUGCAGUAGCGGCUGCCAUGUUGCUUUGGUGCUGCAGUGACGUCAGCAUAACACUGCUGGAUGCUGUUAGCAUUAGCAUGCUGCUUAGGCUCGGUCCGCCACAGCCCGACCAAGAGGCGGAGCUACUGAGCUACAGGCGAGAGGGAGGGGUUGAGUAGGAGUGCAAUGCUGAGGAAGCGGCAGACACGCCGAAGGACACAUCAUCAUCAUCAUCCUCACUGCUGCUGGCAACACUGGGACCAGCGUGGACGCGGUUGUACGCUGAGGAGUGUGGGUGCCCUGUGGUUUGUCCCCUGUCCUGCGUGUUCCCUUCAACAAGCUGCCUGCAGUGAGGCUCCUAGUCGGGUCCAACCAGAUUUCCCGGGAUCGCCAUGACGACCGCAUCCACUCAAAGACGCCUCUGACAGCCUGGCAGAUACCUCCUUUCUUUACGGGGCGGGGGCGUGUUCUUCCUGUCCUCUCUGGAGCCAGCGCGCUGGCAAGUAGACCAGAAGGUCUCCACCUCUCUGGGCCCGCUGCAUCAUGUGGCGUCCAGCAGCGUGUUCUCCAUGAGAAGGUUGGAAGAUGCCACCUCCGGGGGCAUUGUUGCUGUCCAUCGACGUGCUGGUCCUGCUGACAUCCACGGUGCCGUUCUCCUUCUGCCGGGCCGACGCCGCCUCUGUCGUGCGCCUGGCGGCCAUCUUGGAUGACCAGCCGGUGUGCGGCUGCGGUGAACGUCUGGCACUGGCGCUAGCGAGCAAGGACAUCAAUGGACGGAAGGAAGGCUCCACCCAGGCAAGGGUGGAGGUGGACCCGUACGAGCUGCUGAGCGACUCCCAGUAUGACGCCACCGAAAUCAUGUGUCAAAUCCUGCUCAAAGGUGUGCUUGCUGUGAUUGGCCCCGCCUCCAGCCCCGCCUCUGCCUCCGCCAUCAGUCACGUCUGUGCAGAGAAGGAGGUCCCCCAUGUGAAGAUCUCUCCCGAGGAGACGUCCAAGCUGCCGUACCUCCGCUUUGCCUCCAUAACGCUCCGGCCCAGCGACCAGGACCUGAGCCUCGCCAUCGGGUCUGUCCUGCGCUCCUUCGGGGACCCUCCGGCCAGCCUCAUCUGUGCCAAAGCGGAGUGCCUGCUGCGGCUGGAGGAACUGGUGCGCCGCUUCCUCAUCUCCCGGGAGACCCUGUCGGUGCGCAUGCUGGAGCGAGACCUGGACCCCACGCCCCUCCUGAAGGAGAUUCGCAACGACAAAGUGGGCACGGUCAUUGUCGACACCGACGACGCAUUGGCGCAUCGCAUCCUCAGGAAGGCCGGUGAGCUGGGAAUGACGUCUGCCUUCUACACGUACAUUCUGACCACCAUGGACUUCCCUCUGCUGGACCUGGACCCCCUACUGGUCCAGCAGGCCACCAUCUUGGGAUUCUCCAUACUGGACAGCAACCAUCGCUCCUACCGGCAUGUGCUGAGGAGCCUCAGCGUGUUGUGGCGGGACGGCUGCCCCACCAGCCCCCACUACCCUGGCCUGCCGUUGUCAGCGGCCAUGAUGUUUGACACGGUGCACGUGGUGGCGAGCGCGGUGCGUGAGUUGAACCGCAGUCAGGAGGUGGGGGCGAAGCCGCUGAGCUGCGCCUCGCCGCUCAUUUGGCAGCAUGGAACCAGCCUGAUGAACUACCUGCGCAUGGUGGAGUACAACGGGUUGACGGGUCACAUCGAGUUCAACAGCAAAGGUCAGCGUAGCAACUACACCCUGAAGGUCCUGGAGAAACACGCCCGGGGUCACAGACAGAUUGGUACGUGGUACUCAAACAACACUUUGUCCAUGAAGUCCAGCCCCGUGGACCUGAAGGCAUCGCAGACACUGGCCAACAAGACGCUGGUGGUCACCACCAUUCUGGAAAACCCGUACGUGAUGAGAAAGUCCAACUUCCAGGACUAUCUUGGCAACGAGCAGUACGAAGGUUUCUGCGUGGACCUGCUGCGCGAGCUGGCAGACAUCUUCAAGUUCUCCUUCACCAUCAAGUUGGUGGACGACGGCCUGUACGGAGCACCGGACCCCAACGGCAGCUGGACCGGCAUGGUGGGAGAACUCAUCAACAGGAAAGCGGACCUGGCGGUGGCGGGCUUCACCAUCACAUCAGAGAGAGAGAAGGUCAUCGACUUUUCCAAACCCUUCAUGACCCUGGGGAUCAGCAUCCUGUACCGGGUCCACCUGGGUCGAAAGCCAGGAUAUUUCUCCUUCCUGGAUCCCUUCUCUCCGGCGGUGUGGCUUUUCAUAUUGUUUGCCUACCUCGCCGUCAGCUGCAUCCUCUUCCUGGCCGCCAGGCUGAGCCCUGGCGAGUGGUACGACCAGCAUGCAUGCCCGUGGGCACGGCAAGACGUCCUGGAGAACCAGUACACACUGGGGAACAGCCUGUGGUUCCCCGUGGGGGGAUUCAUGCAGCAGGGCUCCGAGGUCACGCCCAGGGCCUUAUCCACACGCUGCGUCAGCGGCGUCUGGUGGGUGGUCAUCGCAUGCGUGGGCGGGGCAAGGGGCGAACGCUCCAGAGCUUUGAAGCGUGCCGUGCUUCCUCCUGCCAGGUGGGCUUUCACCCUCAUCAUCAUCUCAUCCUACACUGCCAACCUGGCUGCGUUCCUGACUGUGCAGAGGAUGGAGGCACCCAUCGGGUCUGCGGACGACCUGGCCGACCAGACCAGCAUCCAGUACGGGACCAUCCACGGGGGGUCCACCAUGACCUUCUUCAUGAACUCCCGCUACCAGACGUACCAGCGCAUGUGGACCUUCAUGCACUCCAAGCAACCCAGCGUGUUCGUCAAGACCACGGAGGACGGGAUUGCCCGCGUCCUCAACUCCAGGUACGCCUUCCUCAUGGAGAGCACCAUGAACGAGUACUACCGCCGCCUCGACUGCAACCUCACGCAGAUCGGCGACCUGCUGGACACCAAAGGCUACGGCAUCGGACUUCCCCUUGGCUCUCCGUAUCGACAGCAGAUCACGCUGGGAGUCUUGCAGUUGCAAGAAAGCAACCGCCUGGAGGUCCUGAAGAGACGCUGGUGGGGGGGGGGACGCUGUCCCAAGGAGGAGGACCGCCGGGCCACAGGACUGGGCAUGGAGAACAUCGGCGGGAUCUUCGUGGUUCUCUUGUAUGGUCUCAUCACGGCCGUGGUGGUGGCCAUCAUGGAGUUUGUGUGGUUGACGCGCUGCUCGUUACAGACGGAGGUGACUUCUUCUUCAUCCUUGUCUUCCUCAGCCUCCUGCGCUCAGACAUGUGUUCCACGUCCCCUGCAGGUGUCCUUGUGUCACGAGAUGCUGUUGGAGUUUCGAAAUGUCGUCUUGUGUAAGAGGAGCUCCCGUCCCCGGCGGCGCCGACCUCUGAGUUACUCUGGGGGGCGGAUCCUGCGGCGCCCGGCUCGCAUGCCGCUGGGCUCGGCCCGAAGCACACAUCUGGUUGGUGACGUGCGUCUGAGCAACGGACGACCUCGCAGCAGCAGUGGCGGUCUGCUCACGCUUGUUCGUGGGACACAGGAAAGUUCAGACUGGGAUUUGGGCGCGGGCCGUCGGAGGCUCCUGGCGGACACACUUGGUGCCGCCCACAUGCCGCCUCUCAUGUCGGCCACGACGGCCCUUCCUGUCAGGCCGCGCAGCUUCCUGUGUAGCUGCAGUCAUGUGCGCGUUUGCCGCCAGUGCCGGCGCAUCCAAAGCCUCAUCCUGCCGCCCCCGUGUCCGCCCGCCUCCUCACAGUGCCCCUCCUGCCCCGGGACUCUGCCCUUAAUGGCGACGUCGGGGCUUCUUCGCCACCUUCGCUAUUACCGCAGCACCGUGUCCUCACCCCGCCUCCCACCACCACCCCUACCCCCAGACAGAACAGACCGUCCCCCACAGUCCAAAGCCAGGCCGGUGCCACCACCCCGCCCGCCGCCCCCCCUCAAGGUACCACACCUGCCGCUAAACAUAGUGAGGGUGCAGAACUGAGCCACUCUGGAUCCGGAGGGGGCGGGUGUCAACGGUCACAUGCACAUUUUGAAAUGGAUCAUUCCAAAGCAGCAACCACACACACACACACACACACACACAAACACAGACACACACAAACACACAAUGUUGUGGCUAUGACAUGUUUGCCAAAUGCUCAUUAAGUUCAAUUACCUUCAUUUUCUAUAAAAUGUUUUUUUUCUUUGAUUCCACCCUCGGCCAUCUCUGUGUGGAGUUUGCAUGUUCUCCCCGUGCAUGCGUGGGUUUUCUCCGGGUACUCCGGUUUCCUCCCACAUUCCAAAAACAUGCUAGGUUAAUUGGCCACUCCAAAUUGUCCAUAGGUAUGAAUGUGAGUGUGAAUGGUUGUUUGUCUAUAUGUGCCCUGGGAUUGGCUGGCCACCAGUCCAGGGUGUACCCCGCCUCUCGCCCGAAGACAGCUGGGAUAGGCUCCAGCACCCCCGCGACCCUCGUGAGGAUAAGCGGCAUAGAGAUGGAUGGAUGUUUUUUUUCUUUGUAAGGAAAGUCUGUGUGUUUCUUUCAACUGUGUGCGUGUACACGUGAUUCUACUGACAUCUAGUGGUCAAAUAAUAACAUCACGGAUGAAGAGUGCUUUUGAGUUUUGUAAUAUGAAACGUUUUUUCUUUCAUAUUUCAACUUAAAUGUAUUUGAUAUUAGAUUUGAUGUAUUAUAUAUUUGUUUUGUUUCAAUAAUUGUAUUUUUCCCCUCAUACAAUUAUGACACAAUUCUCAUUAAAUCAAAGCUUUUUCUUUCAUAUUCAAUUUGACUUUCAAUUGACUUUAUUUUAUUUAGCUAAUUAUGUUUUUCCCCUUAUAAUUUUUAAAAUAAUAUCGUAACUUUUUGGCUAAUUAAUUUC